AUGAGUCAAAAGGCCAUCAAAGGGAGUGCGAUAGCAGAUUUCUUGGCUAGCAGAGCUUUAGAAGAUUACGAACCACUGGACUUGGACUUCCCAAAUGAAGACUUGAUGUAUGUGGCAAAUGCUGAAGAAGAUCCCCAGGAAAAUCAUUCUUGGAGGUUAAACUUUGACGGAGCUUCGAAUGCGUUAGGCAAUGGGAUUGGGGCAGUUCUGGUAUCUCCAAAUGGAGAUUCCAUAGAGCGGAAAAUUAAGAUACUAGAAGUAUACGGAGAUUCAGCAUUGGUAAUAUACCAACUAAGAGGGGAAUCAGAGACAAGAGACCCUAAGUUGAUCUAUUAUCAGAGAUUGGUUCUGGAUUUGAUUGAAGAGUUUGACAACAUUAAUUUUCACUAUCUCCCACGGGAAGAAAAUCAGAUGGCUGAUGCUCUUGCUACUUUAGCCUUCAUGAUUGAAGUGAAUAAAUUAGAGGAUAUGAAGCCCAUUCAAAUUAGUAUUUAUGAAAUCCCGGCUCAGUGCUACAGUAUCGAAGAAGUGGAGAAUGAUAAUCUCCCCUAG